GCGCAUUGGUGUAUUGAACAAACGAACACCAGCUGAAUAGCCUUUGAAUAUCUGCUCUGGUUUCUCGAGAUUUGGCUCCACCGCAUCGGUCCUCACGAAUCGACACCUCCACCUCUCCUUGACCGUCAACUCCCGCAGACCGAAGCCCACCAAGUUACCGUCCCAACAUCUACGACCGAGAAGAAGGUGGAACAUACAUUGCUACAGCUGAAGGGUUCUGGAGCCUGAAUCGAGCAGACAACUAUCACAUCGCCAAAAUGGCCUCGCCAUCAACGCGGAACCUCAAUUCGCCCCAGUCGAGUGCGGCGAUCAUCUUGGGACGACAGUUCAAGCAGAUGCAAACAGACAAGGAUAUACCUGGAAUCAGCUGUGGCUUAGUAGGAGAGAGCGUCUUCGAGUGGGAAGUCAUGCUCAUGUUGAGCGACGAGCAGGACAGCUUGUAUGGAGGAGGUAUCUUUCGAGCGAAGAUGAAAUUUCCCAACGACUACCCUCACGGCCCUCCUACGCUCAAGUUCGAGACACCCAUCUUUCAUCCGAAUGUAUACGAGAACGGCAACGUGUGUAUCAGCAUUCUGCAUCCGCCAGAGGAAGACCAGUACGGCUACGAGUCUGCCUCAGAACGAUGGUCGCCUGUGCAGACUCCAGAGACGAUCCUCCUAUCCGUAAUCAGCAUGCUGAGCAGUCCUAAUGACGAGUCGCCUGCGAACAUCGAGGCUGGAAAGCUUUGGAGAGAAGACAAGAAAGAGUUCAAGAAGAGAGUGAGGAAAUGCGUUCGCGACUCGCAAGAGAACGCCUGGGAUUGAUAUGAACGGACGAUACCCCGGCGACGAUCGACGUUCGGCCAACGCCGCUGCUGAAUAUACACAUUUGCCAAUGUAUCGUGAACCAUACUGAUCAUCU